CAAGGUGGCGCCCGUCUCCUUUUCCCACAGCAUGACCCCCUCACCCGGUACUAAAACCGGCGCGCGCCUCAUCUACUUCCUCUUUCGCUCCUGCGCUACGAGGGCAGCCAUGGUGAACGUCCCGAAAACCCGCAGGACCUACUGCAAGAAAUGCAAGAAGCACCAGCCUCACAAAGUCACCCAGUACAAGAAGGGAAAGGACUCUCUGUACGCCCAGGGUAAGAGGCGUUACGACAGAAAGCAGAGCGGCUACGGAGGCCAGACGAAGCCCAUAUUCAGAAAAAAGGCCAAAACCACAAAGAAGAUCGUGCUGAGGCUGGAGUGUGUGGAGCCCAACUGCCGAUCCAAGAGGAUGCUGGCCAUUAAGAGGUGCAAACACUUUGAGCUGGGAGGAGACAAGAAGAGAAAGGGCCAGGUCAUCCAGUUCUAAGCUGGACCAUGGACUUUCUUUUGCGGUUCUUCAUCGGUCAAUAAAAGUUGUAUACGAAAA